GAGAGCUGCCUUUUGGUAAAGGCAUUUGAAGUUUACAAACCUAAUUUUAAAAAAAGCAAAUACCUAUGAUUCCGACAUAUAAAUGUCAAAUUUUUGCUACGAUCAGGUCACCUAUAGAAUGAACAAUGAACUAAAAAGCAGACAAAAAUUUCAUGAAAGAUAAAAGGUUUAACUUCAGGAUUUCUUCUUUAUACAGAAGCAUAAUAAAGUUUGUAACAGACAAUAUGGAGAACAGAAAUAUUGAAAUAAAAUUUCGAGUGGACGAUAUCGAGGAUGUCGAAAAAACUAUUCAACAAAUCAGUGAUGUUUCCGUUGUGAUUAUUCCUCAAGAAGAUAUAUUUUUUAAUAUUAUCAAUGGUCAAGAGGAAGGAGCUAGAUUGAAACUACGCCAAUUUAAGGAUGGCUCAGGAGAAAUGAUUUAUUACAUUCGUCCUGACAUUCAGGGACCAAAGCUUUCAAAGUACACGAAAAUUGAUUUCGAUUCUAAAACGUGCCCUUCAGUUCGUGAAGUUUUUUCUAAGUCAAACGGAAUACUUGGAACUGUCUCGAAGGUGAGGCACCUUUAUAUGAUCGGACAAACUCGAGUUCAUGUUGACAAGGUUGAUGGAUUAGGAAAUUUCGUCGAGUUUGAGGUGGUACUGAAGCCUGAUGAAACUAUAGCCAAAGGAGAAAAAAUCGCUACGGAGUUGAUGAAAAAAUUAGGAAUCCAAGAAAAUUCUCUUGUGUCUAGAGCUUACAUGGAUUUAAUUUUACAAAAAAAAUAA